AUGCGUGAACGCCGGCGGUCUUUGCCUGAUGUGCCCGCCAUUGGGGGCGAUGAGUCGUUUGAUGGAUUGGUGAGGAAGUUGAGCGUGUUCUUUGUAUCGGCCAUCGAGGCUCCGCAUGAGUGGGAGGAGCUUAGGCGAGAGGUGUACGGGCCUGUUUUGAGGCCGCUGGUGAGGUAUUUGGUCGAUGAGGUGCAGCAUGAGGCGAUUGUCUGUGCUUUGCUGGCGCUGAGAUGGCAUUUUGCGGAGUGUGAGACGGGUGAUGAUCGGGGCAUUAAUGAGACGAGGGGGUUGGCGUGUGAGCUUGUUGCUUGGCGCUUCGUCACUCACCUGACCCAGAGGGAGACUAUUGACUUCCUCUGCUAUGACUUGCCUGACACGAAGAAGCGGUCUGGAUCUCCUGCCGGUAAUAGAGAUCUUGAGGAAGCGGAUCAGGUCGACAACCUUGAGGCAGCAGGCCAUGAACAAGCACCACUACUGGAUGGCAUCUCACCCGACAUGGACGAAUCUUUCUACGAGGAACCGAGACGCUCAGAGUACGCCGAGGAAUCGGACUUCGCAACGCUCUUCGCCAACCUCAACGCGCUCGAGAUUGCCACCGUUGCCAACGCCAAAGCCUUUCUCAGCCAGAAGUCCAUCCAACAUGUUAUCGAAUGUAUAUGGAAAGGCGACAUUGUCUUCUGGGAGACCCUCAGCACGUACUCCAGCAAACGGGCGAAAGUCUAUCGCAAGGAUCGUUCGGACCCCUUCUGCAGACUUCGUGUCCCUUUAUACCUGAAGGCCUUCGAGGUGUUGUUCUUCGCGGCGUUCUUGACCUUCUACUACGUCGUCUUGGUGCAGAAGCACGCGGGUGGUGUGACUGGCCCGGAGGUUCUUCUCUACGUGUGGCUGGUCUCUUUCUCCUACAACGAACUGGUCGAGUUCUGGGACGCCGGGUCCACGUUCUACGCGACCGACUUCUGGUCUCUCUGGGAUCUUGGGAUCAUCUUCGUCGGAGUAGCGUUCUUCGUCGCAAGAAUGAUUGGCUUGAGCCGUCACGAUCCUGUUGCGACCGACAUUGCCUUCGACAUACUCUCCCUCGAGGCACUCUUCCUAGUGCCAAGGAUCUGCUCGUUGCUGAGCUUGCACCCGUACUUCGGCAUGCUCAUUCCGGUUCUGAAGGAGAUGGCACGCCAUUACCCCUAUCACACCAAAGACUUCAUUAAGUUCCUCGGGCUAGUGGCGAUACUUUACUGCGGCUUCAGCACCAGCUUCACCUUCCUCGCUCGGGGGAAGUAUACUUUGCAAGAGAUCAACUUCAUCUUGAUAAAGGUGUUCUUCGGAUCGAGUUACCUUGGCUUUGACGUUGCCGAAGAGAUAUCACCAACAAUCGGGACCCCACUCAUGUUCGUCUUCGUCUGCAUGACGAACAUCCUCUUGAUAACGUCGCUCAUCUCGCUAUUGAGCAACAAACUCGACAAGGUGAUGCUGCACGCUCGCGACGAGUACUUGUUUGUAUACAGCGUUUUUGUGCUUGAAGCCAGCACGAGCAAUAGGCUGACGUUCUUCCUCCCACCACUGAAUCUACUGCCGCUCUUGCUGCGUCCUCUCCGGCUCGUGAUGGCACCUCAGAAGGUUCGUCGGGCGAGGAUUGUCCUUUUGCGGGCUACCCAUUGGCCUUUCGUGCUGGCCAUUCUCGGCUACGAGCAUGGCCGGCGCUUAUGGGCAGAUCAUCGGAAAUCCGGCUCCUCUGCCGUUUCACGAGCACUCAGCCAUUCUCCCACUUCAUUGCGGCGUCGCAAGGCGCUGUCAUCGACACGCACUCCGCGAUUGGACCAAGAGCCGCCGCCCGGGCGCUCGACUGCAGUGCCCCCGGCAGAUGAUCCAGUAGCGGCUCCUGAAACUAUUGAAGGACUAGGAACUGCCGUUGCCAAUCUCAAGACCCAAGUCGAACAGCUCACGGCGUUGCUGGCAAAGGAGAGGCAGGUCAAGGAAGGUUUGUGA